CUUCGCAGCAUUCCCACACUGGUGCUCUAUGACGAUCGCGGACUCGACAUCUUUGAUAAAAUCACGUAUCUCGACGAGUACUAUCUAACCAAUGCCGAGAUCGACAUUCUCACCCGGCGUGCCGAUGAAAUCGUUGCAAGUGGCUUCCGUGGCCACUCCGAGGCCAUCUGGAUCGAGCUCGGCGUCGGGUCGAUGCGAAAGUCCACGUUCAUCUUUGACGCAAUCGUAAAGUCCAAUCGACAGGCCACUUACUAUGCCCUCGAUCUGUCGGAGCAAACCCUCAAGGACUGUCUCACGCUGCUCGCCAGCCAAUACCCCUCGAUCAACUUUGUCGGCCUCCUUGGCACCUACGAGGACUCGUUGGGCUGGAUCCGAGACCACUUGCCCGCAGACGUGCCCCGCUCGUUUCUGUGGCUCGGGUCGUCCAUCGGCAACAUGACCCGCCGCGAGGCCGGGGCCUUCCUGGGCAAGGUGUGCCGCACAGCCAUGAACCCGGGCGACCUCUUCUUCUGCGGUAUCGACCGCCGCAACGCCGCCCAAGUCAUUGCCAAGGCCUACGACGAUUCACACGGCGUGACCCGCGACUUUAUCAUGAACGGCUUGAGCCACGUCAAUGCCAUCUUUGGGUUUGCGUGCAUGGACCCGGGCUGCUUCGAGUACCUGUCGAUCUACAACGAGAAUGAGGGUCGGCAUGAAGCAUACUACCGAUCGCGCCAGAGCCAGACGAUCGAUCUGCGGGAGAACGGCAAGGUGCAGCUCGACGAGGGCGAGCUGAUCCACAUCGAGUACUCGUACAAAUACGCCCCAGCCGAGGUUGCCGGGCUGGCCCGGGUCUCUGGGUUCUCGCUCCAGGCGUCGAUGACCGACUCGCGCAGCCAGUACGAUUUG